GGUUAAGUGUUUUCGUCAACGUGGAGAGUUUAUUAUCGCGUUUACCACAAUGACACUGUGGGGGAGGGGUGACUGGUGGUGUAGACUGUAGUGAUCGAAAGAGAAAGGCAAUGGAGUACAUGCUGACCCAAAGUAUCGAUAACGCCAGGUUGGAAUUGCUGCUGGAGCUGGACAUGAUGGAUGUGAUCGAGGCAUUUUACCCUUUGGAGGAUACAGCACUCUACCAGGACAAUAUGCUGUCGCUAGAGCAGCACUCGGAUGGAGUGCCAGCGAGUAGGGCCAGGGACGGUCAACAGCCGCUGUUCUACUCAGUCAGAUAUGGCACAGUUGAGGAUUUACUUAACUUUGCAAAUCAGGUGUGCAAUACAUUCCGCAAUCACCCCCAGCACUUCCGAAACCGCGAGACGGGAGUAAUAUUGAACAAGAAGGAUAUAGUUAUUAAAAAUGGACAUUAUCAAGUUGAUUCAGAAGUCUUCCUGUUUCCAUGGAAGUUUGCCCAUAGGAACAUUGGCCCUGGUUACAUUCCUCGCGGUACUUUUGGAAGGUGCCACCUUGCACAGGACAGAGAAACAAAGAAGCGAAUGGCAUGUAAAUUAAUUCCAGUGGAAUUUUUCAAGCCUGCUGAUAUACAAAUACAAGCACAAUUUCGCCAUGAGAACAUUGCAGAAUUAUAUGGUGCGUUACUGUGGAAUGAAACCAUACAUCUCUUCAUGGAGGCAGGAGAAGGAGGUUCCGUUGCAGAGAAGUUGGAAAGUUGUGGGCCUAUGAAAGAAUUUGAAAUCAUAUGGUUGACCAAACAUGUCCUCAAAGCACUUGACUUUCUGCAUUCCAAAAAUGUAAUCCAUCAUGACAUUAAACCCAGUAACAUAGUUCUCAUGUCAACCAAAGCAGUGGUGGUGGAUUUUGGCCUUUCUGUUCAGAUGACUGAAGAAACCUACAUUCCCAGAGAUAUUCGAGGAACAGAGUUCUAUAUGAGUCCCGAAGUUAUUACCUGCCGAGGCCAUUCAACAAAAUCAGACAUCUACAGUCUUGGUUCUACAAUUAUCCACAUGCAGACUGGGAAUCCACCCUGGGUGAAGAGGUAUCCUAGGUCAGCUUACCCAUCAUACCUGUACAUUAUCCACAAGCAAGCUCCACCAUUAGAAGACAUUGCAGAGGACUGCAGCCCUGUCAUGAGGCAGUUUAUUGAAGCCACUUUGGAGAGAAAUCCAAAACAGAGGUGGUGUGCAGGACAGUUGUUAAGACAUUCAGCACUUAGCCCUCCACCUGAAGACCAACCACGUUGCCAGAGCCUUGACUCAGCUCUCUUUGAAAUAAAUCGCACCUUUAAGAGAAAAGAACUGGAGUUACCUGAACAAAUUUGUGAUACUUCUGUGAGCAGCACUGAAGAAUCAACUGUGGGGAAAAGGAAUCGGUCUCUCUAUAUUGAUCUGGGUGCCUUGGCUGGAUACUUCAACAUCAUCAGGGGUCCUCCCGGGGCAGAAUAUGGCUGAUUUGCUUUCUCUUCAUCUACUGGUUUCAUAGUGUUGCAAAGAUCAAGCUACCUGUUGUAGAAUCAGAGGAGUCAGUCUGGUGGAGGAGUUACAGAACAUUUCAUCAUUGUGAUAAUGGCAUUAAGAACAUUUUUUUUAAAAAUGUCGCAUUACUAAUUUUUUCUUAGCUAAUUUCCUCAUUGUGUGUUUCCUUAGUUUGAUGGAAGAGGACAGUGUGAGGAAUAUGAAUAAUUCUUGACUGUUUCCCACAACAAAACCACUCACUUCUUUUAGUCUGUUAUACUUAAUUUGAUUGAUGGAUAAAUGUUCCCAAUCUCCCCUUCUUUGCUUUCAGUGAUUAUCGCUGAUUAAUGUAUUUCUCUAAUGGAAAAUUUAUUCAAAAUGAUGAGAAUAGACUUGUCAGAAUACAUGUGUUCCUAUGGAAAUAAGAACAUGUAGAAUAAGAAUAAAUGCCAUGCAGAUGACUAAAUUGCACACAGUGUGUGCUGUGGGUUUACAGUAACCCUGUAGCUCUAUACAUAUAAUGAGCUGAUAGUUCUGUACACCCUAUGGGAUGGCUUAGCCUCUGCUUUGUUCUGCAAAGGGUUAGUUAAGCAAUAAUGGAAACAUAGCAUGCAUUAGCAGCAUGUUGUGUUUCAUAGGUUUUUUUUUGGCUGCCACAAAGGAUUUUAAAAAAUGAAGUUAUUACUGAAGUAGCAACUUUAGGUAGCAGAACACCUAACAUGUUGUUGUUAGCCUAUUUUAUUUUCUGAUUAACAUUUUAUUUUCUGUUGGAAGACUCUGGGAAAAUUUGCAGCUGAGCUGAACGAAUGUUAAUUGGUCUGCUGGUACCUGCAAUAUUCAAAUUGUCAUCCCCCCCCCCCCCCCCCCAGUCUGAUGAAGUGCAAUGUGGUUAUGUUACUGGUCUGGUAAUUAAUGACCUGAAUUAAUACUCCAGAGAAUAUUUGACAAAGUGAGAAUAUAAAUUAAUCUAAUGAGAAGUUUGGAAAUAAUAAAAAAUGGUGUCCAUGAAGCUAUAGGGUUGUUAUAAUAACCCAACUGUUUAAUUAGUGUAUUCUUCAGGGAGAGAAACCUGUUGUCAUCCAUUCAGGUCCAUCUAUAACUAGACCAAAGCAACUGCAUCUUGACUUCCCACUGAAUUGACUAAUCAAGCCCCCUAUCUUGCAUUAAAAUACCUAAAAAUACCCUCCAAUAUCAUCUCAGGGAAAUUCGAGAUGGUCAAUAAAUGCUGGGUUCUCUCAUAAUGGCAAAAUUCUGAGUGAAUUGAAGAAAUGCAGAAAAAAGAUAUUUGUCUAAAUAUUUCAGUGCAUAAUUCAAGCUAGUUAGUCUAGCCUGGAGAGGUUUACUGAGUAUUACUGAAACCCUGGAUUUGAAUCUUGCAGGCACUUAUGAUACAAAUUUUGCUUCAUGUUGAGUACGAGUGUUCUCACUCUUUAUCCAUGUAAUGCUAUUAUACAUUUUAAUUUUUAAAAAGUCCAAGAUUACUGACAAGAUUUUAUUUUCUCAUGAAAGUGUUUAAAAGUUCCUGCUGUGAAACGAAUAUUUUUUAUCAUUUUACAUGUUUGAUCUAUAUUCUUGUCAAUCACUGAUCUAAAAUACACAAGGUACAAUCAGUUCAGACCUUCUGAUAGGGUGCGCACAUACUAGAUUGCUUCACCUUAAAGGGUGGUAUCACCAGAAGCUUGUGAUCAUGUGAUUUGGCUGACCGGGAGGUGAAGUGAACCCAUAACACAUUUUUCUUUAAGGAAACGUGGCAAUGAAAUUGCCAGAAACUGCAAUCAGAUUAAGUCAACAGAGCUAGUUGGGCCCCAAAGAUCAAUCAAAAUAUCAUCAAAAUUGAUCAAUUUUGGAGCUCCAUUGGUUUGUCGGUGUUGAUUAUUGCAACAUCCUCAAACCAAGGUAGGCGAAAAUAUCAGCAACCCUGAUCAUAAUAAUUCCUGAAAAGUAUGGUUUCCACACAGUCUUGAGGUAGAUUUGGCUUUGGCCAGGAGAUCGAAAGGAAUUGAGGCAAGUUACAGAUGUUGAUGCCUCAUGUUUGCAUGAUGUUGGAGAGCAGAGUGUUUUUGUCAGUACAAUAGAGUCAGGGAGGAACACCUGCUGCUUCUGACUCCACAUUCAAGCAUAUUUUCUGGAAGGCAUUUCUGGUGGGUUGUCACACAAGCAAAAUCUCGAUAACAGAUUUUACAUACCAGUCCUUUACCUGUUGUAACUAGCACAUUUAAUGGGGCUUAAACCUAUGUUGGAUGUCCACAUGUGCUGGCUAAAAAAUAUACAACAUAAAUUUGGCAGUGGGAUCAACGCUUGUGUGAAGUAUACAAGUUAGAAAGCUAAACUUGGUGUGCCUAGCCAGAGAUUAGUCAGUGAUGAGCAAAAUAGGAGCCAUAACUGGAGCCAUUCUUAAGUGGUUCCUGGACUGGUAAAUUGAAAAAUGCUUUUUUGGUUUUACAAUAAGUGGAGCCAGCAAUGCUUUCCUCACCUCCUCUCAGGAUUUGAGCUAAAGCUGAUUGCCUGAAGGAGAAGUGUUGCCUCAGGCAAUUUGUCAGUGGUAAUGUGACAUGUGCUGACAUUUCACACCGAUUUACAAUGAAGAGGCCUGAUGAUCAGUUUCUAUUCAUCUUUUUGGUUUAAGUGCAUAAUUGACACAAAAAUAGAUCCUUUCAAAAUCUACACUGGAUAUGCUAAAGCAAUCUAAUCUCUUACGAUCCAGUCAGAACCACCAGUAUAUCAACUGAUUCCCAGAAAUUAUCAGCUGCUUCUCAGUCCCUCUGUCCCUUCUGCAUUAAAUGCUCUCACAAAUUUAUGAUACAUAUCAUAUUUUGUUUAGUAAUUGGCAGUUCACAACAAAUGCUUUGUGAUAUUUUCCAGCUGUAAUCAAUAUGAAAACAUUGUGGAAACAAUUUGAUUGAUCUU